AUGAAGAGAAAGUUAGAUAAAGAAAUUGUAGGAGAGAAGAAAGACAGCAACACAAAUGACAACAGAGUUGCAACAGCUUUGGACUUUGGAGAUGAGGCGGUUAAAAACUGGGAAACAAAGCUCCAGAUUCUAAAGUUUAGUUAUAGUUGGGCAGACCAGGUAGAAAAAGAGGAAAAGGCAGCGAUUCAGGAGGCAAAAGCUGCAGAGGAGACGGUUCACAAGGAGGAAAAUAAAACCCAGCAUAUUAGUAUUGGAGGAAUCCUGACAAAACAACAGAAAAACUCUCCUAGGAUGAAACUAGCAGCUUGUGUAAGAAGAAUCAAAGCAAAGGAACUUGCUAAGGUCUUGAUUGAAAAACAAAACAUAAAGAAAGUAGAGACUGCUGAAUCCACAAAGCAAAGAGAUCCAAGGGAUACCAAAAAGACAUUAGAUCUAGGAGCAGUUGGAGAUAAGAAGGAGAAAUCAGAUGCCUGUGAAUCCGAAGCGUCUGUCAAACCAGUAGUCCAGGAUGGAGAAGUGUGUGGACAGUCAUUAGUUGGCAUUUUAGACACCCAAGUAGAUGUUUUAAGGAAUCCUUUUCCAAAUACUUCAGUGGAUAUGUCUAGUGUGUGUAUUGCAAGGACCUCUGAGGAUAAGAAAAUAACAUCUCUGCAGGAAGAACAGGAAUGUAUUGAUAUACAUGUACCAGAAGCAAUGGAAUUAGAAGUUAACAAGGAUCAGAAGAUUUCACUUAAGCUUUUGAAUAAGGAUGAUGAUAGUUAUUGCGACGAUGACGAUGAUGAUGAUGACGAUAGCCUGUUUGGGCCAAGAAAACUUUUCUUCUUUGGCAUAGAUUAUUUUAAGGAUGCUGGAAAAACUGGCUGGCGAAGAGAAGCAUGAGCGAAAGAAUACACCGGA